AUGUUGAAUACUAAUCCGCAACAAACUGAGUUCCAAGACAAGAUUAGCUUAGUCAAAGGGCCAGAAACUGAUGAGGAGAAAUCGGGCAAGAAGAAGGGCGAAAACAGGCGUAGAAAAUUGCCUAGAUAUGCUUUUCAAACAAGAAGCGAGGUUGACAUAUUAGAUGAUGGGUACCGGUGGAGGAAAUAUGGACAGAAGUUCAUCAAGAACAACAAAUUUCCAAGGAGCUACUAUCGGUGUACGCAUGGAGGCUGCAAUGUUAAAAAGCAAAUUCAAAGGUUAUCUAAAGAUGGAGAAAUGGUUAUGACAACGUAUGAAGGAAUGCAUUCACAUCAAAUGACAACUUUAUGA